ACGUACCUGUGUGAUAAGCCGCCUUGUACACGCCCACGCCCACACACGCUCACUGGCUGGUUUGGUCUAAACCGGCUUCGUCGCGUGCAGGGCUGGGAGGAAGUGGGAGCGUCGUUCCAUUGACGUCGGCUUUUCCCACGGCGAUUCCCUUUCUCUCGUCCACCACAUCAUGGGUCCCAAGAGGUCGCCAGACGGUGACCUCGACCAGACCUCCAAGAUCCCCAGACCCGACCAAGGCGCAAAGCUGCCUCUCACUCCUCUGAGCCGCGCAAGUGACUUCUCUGGAAGCGUCAAGAAGAAAUUGGCCAAUUCGACGCGUACUGGCCAGGCGUGCGACCGAUGCAAGGUUCGGAAGAUACGAUGCGACGGCCGCCCCGAGGGUUGCUCGCCAUGCGCCCAGAACCGCACAGAGUGCAGGACGACCGAUCGGAUAACUGGCAAAGCUACCACGCGCGGACAUGCAGAGGCAUUAGAGGGAGAGAUCAAUUAUCUCCGCGCCCAUAUCGUCGAAUUACAAAAUCAAGUCAGAGAAUUGGGAGGCGAACCGAGAUCGGGACCCAGCUACGGCGCGUACAACACCCUGCAGGUAUCAUGGCAAGCUCCGCCGCCGGCCAACGAAGCCCAGAGCUGGCCGAAUCCUUCGCAGUCACGAGCCAGCACGUCUCCAUUACCUGGUUAUGCACCUGCGAAUGAGGUUGGGGUCAUUGACUACCGACCUCUUCCAGAAUUCAAGAUGCAAAGUGUUGGGGACAACUAUCUGGGGUUAUCCUGCGUGGAUUCCAUGGUCAGUCAUAUCAAAGGGACUUCUCUCAAGCUCUUUGGUACUGACAUUGACAUAACCGACUUUGUGCAUGCGGACGACCAAGAUUAUGAAGAGUCGGUCAUGUCCUACAGCCACUUCUUGAAGGUCGCGAUGAGCCAGGAGGAAGUGGAAUACGUGCCAUUCCCUGAGUAUCCAGCCCUCAGCGAGUUCGCGAAAUGGUAUCUGCGAUCUCUGAACCCAUAUACCAUGCUGCUCGACAAGCCCUCAUUCAUGCAAUUGAUAUGGCGGAUAGGAAAUGAGCCAGACUUUCGCCCUUCGCCCGCCGAAACAGUAUGCGUCCACAUGAUGCUGUCUACAAUCAAAUAUCAGAUAGCCGUCCGAAACGGUGGCGAGCAAACCAUGCUAUUGGAAUCGCACAAGCACUAUCGUUAUUCUCUCAGUCUUUUCAAAGACCUUCAGCAGGGCCACACAUGGAAAGAUCUUCAGGGUCUUGCUUUGAUAUGUCUCCACAUGCGCAACUUCCCUAAGCCUGGAGCUGCCUGGAUCGCAGUCUCGACGGUCUUCUUGCUUGCGGUUGAACUGGGCAUGCACCGCUCAACGAAGGCGUGGGCAGGUUCGGCCGAGAAGGACCAGCUGGAGAUCGAGAUGCGGAAACAUAUCUUCUGGACUCUACACGCGCUACUUUCUAACUUGAGCGGUAAGCUGGGGAGGCCAAUGCCUAUCAAUACCCAGGAUAUCGAUGUCGAGUUUCCUGAUCCGGUCAACGACUGCCUUCCUGGGGAGGGUGCUGAUUUGAGUCCCUUCCACCAAUGUUCCUUCCAGGUGGGCAUCCAAACGGCCAAAUAUACAGCCUGGGCCUCCGAAUUGUACCGGACGGUGUACGCCAUUCGGCAGACCCCGCACGGGUAUGAAGAGGCUGUCCGACGCCUGGAGAUCGGGAUACGAGACUGGAGGCAAAACAUUCCGGCGGAGAUCAGCGAGCCGUCUCGAGCCUCACAAGACGACUACAUAUUUGCACUAUAUCUCGAACAUUGGGAUCAGGAGUUCCAGCUUCUCCUCCAUCACCCCGCAGUAUGCCGUUCCACGAACCAAGAAAUGAUAAAGUCGAAUUCCGACAAAUGUCUCGCAGCAACUCAGAAGAUGCUCCACAACUGCAACGAAAUGCGGAAACUCAAGUGUUUAGACAUCCCCUGGGUCAACACGGUUGUUUACAUAGCUGCCAUUUCGGUAACGCUGUUUGUUUACUUCGAGAGGAAAGACACACUGACUUCGGCGGACAUGACGAAGCUCAGGGAAGAUAUGGAUCAGUGGCUUGACGUCAUGAAGGACUGCGGUGAACUCCAUGGAACUGGUAUUAAGCUCAGGCAGGCCAUUGAAAAGGUCGUGGUACAGCAACUUCGCAGUAUCAACGACAGCAUCGUGAAGAGGACUGCAACAGAGUCGCUAGCCCAUGUGGCCCUCCAAAUCCCACAAGAGCAGGCAGCAACCAUCUACCCUAACAGCGAUGGCUAUAACCAAUAUCCUGAUGCCAAUGCCAAUCCGGCAGACCCAGCUCUGGGCACCUCAGGACUGCCCUAUACGAGUGGCCCCCCAGAGGUCUCAUAUCCUUACAACAACGGUGCCUCAAGUACUACCACCCAGCAAGCAGCCGAUUCGUUUGAGCAACCUCAAUUCAGUGGCGAAGACGCCAGCAUGUCGGCUUCUCAUGCCGCGGCCCUUGCCGCGGCAGCCUCUAGCGCAGCGGCAUCGCAACGGCCGAACGAAGGUUACGCCUAUUCUAACGCGCCAGGUACCAGCAGCAGCCAUCCGGCUCCGUACCCUCCGAACAGCGGUGUCACGCCGACCGGGUGGCGAAAUUGGCAGAAGACGUACAUGCAGCAGAUUGGCCCUACGGAAGGCGAAUAUCUAAAUACAGCAAACACCCUGAUGACCCUGGGGACCGCCAGUCAAGAGAACCAGGUCGCUGGGCAAGAAGGCACGAGCGACGUUGACAGCUCGGCGAUCCAGGGCCAAGCGUCGUUCCAGUGGCCAGCGAUCAUGUACGGGCCACCUGAUGGUGGACACGUAACUCAAUAGCCCCCAUCCGCCGAGAAACCCUCCCCCAAACCAAAUAAAUACUCGAUAUUGGGGGAAUGGGAGAAGGGGGAGGAAAAUAUGUGAUGUUUUUAAGCGACUUUCUCUUGUUUAUUUUCUUCACGAGCGCAGGGAAAACAAAAAUCUAGAAGGCGUUGAUUCUCGGCUAGU